GUGUUGCACUUCCUGGUUGUGACGCCGCUCCGAACUGAAGAGCUAUGGACGUGAAGCAAACGUCGUACUGCACUGUCACAGAUUUGAAGAGUCAGUCCAAGUUUCUUUGUUAUACACACAGAAAAGGGGGGACAUUCUCAAUAUGUCUGACAGAUGCAGCUGAUGUUUGGAGCACAGAGUUCACAGACGAUACCCUGAAUCAGUUCAGACAGAAGUUUGCCCUUCGAUCUACAGAGGAUUACAUUCUAAAGCUCAGAUCAGCCUGUGGGAGUGGGGAUGUCUCUGUUGUGGUCCAGGAUUGCAAGGCGGAGCUCCGGGUGAGGUCAGGUGACCAGAGUGUGGAUCUGACCAGGCUGGAGCGUCCGCAGGCUGCAGAGGAAGUGAGGGAGCUGCUGUUCAGGAUGGCGGACGACCUCACUCAGCUGAACACGACACUUAAAACCUCGACCAACAGUCCAGUGAAAAAUCCCCAGAGGCGUCCCACAGAGUUUGAGCCCCGGCAGCAGCAGAGCUCGGCUCCUUCAGUGACCGUGAAGAAACGACCUCCAGGAGCUUCACUCAUCAACCCCGGAACUAAAAAGAAGGUGCAGGCGACAGGUGUGGCCUUUGAUGAUGCAGAGGAAGACUGAGCCUUCACGCUGCUUUUAAUGUGUUUUUAGAUAUAUAUAUAUAUAUACAUCAUGCGAAAUU